UGAACGGCGGCCAGGCCGGACGUGACGAAGGCGGAAGUCACUGGCUUCCUGACUGGAAAAAAUACAGAUUUUUUUUUUUUGGGUCGUCUUUUGGAGAUUGUUACAAACUCUCUCUGAGCAGGCGGCUUGUGACUCUGUGCCGUGCCGCCAGGUUAUCGCGUCGUUUGUGGUGUUUUGACUCAAAACAAGCCUAAGGGGCAAUAUGCUAACGUGCUAAAGCCAACUCGGGUUGAUGAACAAACUGGAAAAUGACGACAAAGUACGCUUAAAGUGGCCAUGUCGUUGUGUGAGCAAAGGGACCGGAUCCAGCACCAAGUGGACCUUCUGCAACGACGUUUGUGCGCCAGCAACAGCGAACUGCAGCAACUCAGCAGCGACUCAGAUGAGGAGUCCGGCGAGGACACGGACUUGGAGGCGGUGCAGUCCGUUGCAGGUCUCCUGGCUGAGAGGCAGAAGAUCGAGACAGAGAUCCAGAACCUGGAGAACAUUCUGGGACCGCACAGCCCCGUCAAUGUGUCAGAUGACGACGACGGCGACAGCAGCAGCGAUGAAAGUGAGCUGGGCCUGCCGGCGACAGCGGACUCCUGUCUUCAGAUGAAUCUGGUGUACCAGCAGAUCCUGGAAGAAAAGCUCAAGCAGCUGGAGACUCUUCUGGCUCACAACCAGCGACAGCAGAAGGAGGCGCUGUCUCAGCUGUCCGGCCCGAUCAGAGAAGCUUCCAAAGAAGAGCCCGCCUCCUCGUGGGCGUACCCCAGGCACGGCGCCUUGUUCCUGGGCCACUUCUUGAAGCCGUACUUCAAGAGCAAAGACACGGGUCUGGGUCCUCCGGCCAAUCAGGAUGCGAAGGAGAGGAUGAUGAAGAUGAAGGGUUGCCUGGACAACAGCAAGAUGAAAGUUAAACGAUGGGAGAGCUGGCAGAAGACUUUGUUGAUCGACUCGGUCUCCAAAGACGGUCUGAGGAGGCUUCUACAACCCAAGCUGUCCAGGUUGGACUAUCUGACUCAGAAGCUGUCUUCGUCGGACAAGUCCAAAGACGAGCAGCGGCAGCGGCAGCUCAGAGCGCAAAUUGAAGUUCUGGAGAAAGACAUCGAAUCCAUCAAAUUGAAGAAGCAGGAGGAGCUUGUCGGGGAUCAGAACGAGGACCACGACUGGCACAGGAUCGCCAACAUUGACUUUGAAGGUUUGCGUCAGGCGGACGACCUUCGCCUCUUCUGGCAGAACUUCCUGCAUCCCGCCAUCAACAAGAACCGCUGGAGCGCCGAAGAGGUUCAGAAGCUUAAGGAGGUCAGCGCCAGAAACCAGGAGACCGACUGGGACCGCAUCGCGCAGGAGUUAGGGACGGGCCGGACCGCCUUCAUGUGCCUGCAGACGUUCCAGAGGUUCAUCUCGUCCUCUCUCAAACGUGGGGUCUGGACCCCCGCCGAGGACCAAAAGCUCACAGAGAUGGUUGACAAGAUGCGGAUCGGGAACUUCAUACCGUACACGCAGAUCAGCUACUUCAUGGAGGGUCGAGACACGCCACAGCUCAUCUACAGAUGGGGUUCAGUUCUAGACCCGCGGCUCAAGAAAGGAACCUGGUCCGCGGAGGAGGACCAGCUGCUGUUGAGAGCCGUCGCGCGCCACGGGGAGAAGAGGUGGUGGAAGAUCCGCUCGGAGGUCCCCGGACGCACCGACGGGGCCUGCAGGGACAGAUACUUGGACUGCCUGAAGGAAGGAACCAAGAAAGGAGCCUUUGACUUGGACGAGCAGCAACUCCUCCUCCAGCUGCUGGACAAACACGGCGCCGGUCGCUGGGCAAAGAUCGCGGCGGAAAUUCCACACCGCAACGAUGCUCAAUGUCUCAGAGAGUGGAAAAAAAUGAUGAGACGCGCAAAAGGGCCUUGCGAGCGAAAAAGACAAAUGCCAAAGACCCCGCAGGAGGCCCAGACUACGAAAAAUGCGAAAACCAAGUUGAGGGUUCGGAUCAAGAGGCGUCUGCAGAGAAUCAAAGAAGAGGAAGAGGAGGAGGACAGCAGCCAGGAAGACGACGACGAGGUCAAGUACAUGGACACUGAGGACGAGGACGAAGACGAGGAAAAGGAAGAGAGUUCACAGGUCAACAAGUCUGAGGAGGAAGAUGAGGAGCAGCAGGUAGAAGAGGACAAAGAGUUCUACCUGGUCCCACCCGUGGACGAGUGGAUUCCGCAGGAGGAAAGUGUCCACCGGGCCCAGCUGGUGUCGCUGCACCCGGCGCCGGGCACCCCCGCGCCCGGACCGACGGUCCGCUCCACGGUGGCGGCCGACUUCGGCCGCCUGGCGGUGACGGGCCCGCCGCCCCGGCGGCUGAGGUGGGAGGAGCGCCACGCGGGCGGCGCCAUGCUGAUGAUGUCCCAGGAACAGCUGCGCUCGCACCUGCGUCACCAGGCCAACAAGUGCAAUAAGUUGCGCCCCCGCCGCCGCGUGACAGACACGGAGAUGGACUACCUCCUGCAGAUGGCCGUCUUACCGUGGGUGGGGAACGUGCUGUUGCCCAGCCCGGCCACGCCCACGCUGGGCGACGCCCUCGGGGAAAAGACCGCGCUGAGCUCCACCGCCGUCUUCAGGCUCCUCCUCCGCGCCAUGACGAUGGAUGUCUUGGGGUGUAAGGAGGUCAUCGUCAGGCGGGGCUGCAACAAGGUGACCCCGCCCCCGCAGCCGCCGCUCCCCAAAACAGACUGGACGCACGGCGCGGCGCCCCCGUGCUUCAAGAACCCCAAGUCGGUGGCGGCCAUGUUGUACACCGCCCGGGCCCGCCCCGCCGACGCGUGGCCGCCGGCAGUGGCGAGGCGGCCAGCUCCGCCCGCCCCUCCUCUCGUCUGUCUUGUAGCCGCACCCCUUUUCUUGCCCAAGGCAACGCUAGCUCCGCCUCCUCUUCAAGUCCAAUCACAGAGCUGUUGCCGCCUCCCGUUGGUACCCCCCCGCGCCGCCCCCGCGUCGCCCCCUCCGCCCGUGGUGUGUCUGCGACCCGCACGCCCGGUGGCCCCGGCCCUCCUCGUGUGCCCACCCUUGAGCGCGAGCUCUCUAGCGCCACCUCCUCUUGACCCGGCGGCCCCGUCCGGCUCGGUCGCUCUUGACCACGACUACGGCAGCCCCGCCCCCAAAGCGUGGCCCACGGGCAGGAAGCGGGGGUGCCGGGAAGAUUCUGGGGACGGAAGUCACACCAAUGUGGGCAAGCGAAUCAGGAAGUUGAGUCAGAAGGCUCAGGCUUUGAUGCACGAGAGGAGGCGACGAGGUUGUCGUAAAUCCAAGCCCGGGAAAGGCGGCGCCGUCCAAGUGACUUCCCCCCACCCUUCGUCGGCUCCUUCCGGCGGGCGCGGUCGACCGCCGCGGGCUCUGCUCGGGCCCCUCCUCCCCGCCGGCGGCUCCUCGCCUGAGGUGGGCCUGAACAUCGACCCCUCCCUGGUGUUCUCGGGGUCGCCCGCGGUCGUCGUCGAUUGGCUGGGCGGCCGGGGAGGCGUGGCCGUGCCGGAAUCGGGCGUGUCCCUGCCGUACCUGCCGCCGUGCGGCAGCAGCCUGAACGCGCUCGCCGCCGUCCUCGCCGACAAAACGAAGAACGCCCGCGCCGCCGAGCGUCUCGUCCGGCGGUCCGACUGCGCCGCGCAGGCCACGCCCGAAGCCACCGCUGACGAAACAGUGUGUUUGUUGCGCGCUUUGGUGAGGGAGCGUUUGGGGUCCAAUCCGGCGUUCCGGCUGCUGAAGGCUCGCUUCCUGUCCGUCUUCGCCCUCCCCGCCCUCCUCGCCACCCUGCGGCCCGUCACCGCCGCGACGUCUUGGCGCGCACCGGAAGCCCCGAAGAAAAAAGUGAAGGACGCCAAACAAAAGGCGCAAAAGCACGACGGUCGGAGAGAGUUUUGGUGCGAUGGCUCAGGAGCUCCAGCCAAUCACUUCUCGGGAAUCGGCGCGGGCCCUGACCAACCCCGCCCCACGGAGACUGUCAGUAACCCUUGACAAGUUUAGUUUAUUUUUGUUUUUGAUUGUCUGUGCGUUCCUUGUUCGUGCGAUAUACCUGAACGCAUCAGUUGAACGCUGAGUUCAGGAACGUUGGUCUGAGAUGUUUUUCAAUAAAGUUUUGUUUUUAAAAUAAACGUCAUCAG